CUGAAAAAACGAGAGAGAGACAUCUUCUUUUUUCUGCUGACUUUCUGGGACUCCAGAGCAGCGCCUGAGUCUGCUCUCCGGGAGCUUCUGUAUCCGCCUCCCAUCCCCCUUCUGGCCGGCCUGUCAGCUUUCGCGACGGAGGUCGCUGAUCUCUCUGAAAACAGUCCAGGUGCUGCGGAUUUCUUUCUGAUUUCUUCGGCGCAGUCCUCAACUGUGCCAGAAGGCGAAGGGAGGCCGAGGGCUGUGCUCGCGAAGAAGGAGAGGAGAGGCGCAUGCACUCGGACUCGCCAGUAGACGUCGAGCAGACGAUCGCUUUCGGAGGCGUUGCACAAAAUGCGGUGUGGUUUAUGGAGGACAAGGGCCAUUGCAGUUGAGAACCGAACUUGGACGAUGAUGCUGGACGUAUGCGUUUCCUCGACUCGCGCAUUUGGAGGAAUCGCGUAAAGACGAAGAAGAUGGAGUGCGAGGUGUGACGGUGGCUCUCUAGGCGCCUCUGCGGUGUGUAGGUACAGGAAGAGAGGAGGCGAAGUAUCCGAGCGGAGUCGUUGCAAAGACUGCAGAUGGCGGCUUGGCCGAGUUCUUCGUUCAUCUCCUCUUCGUGGGGAGGGGGGGCAGGAACAGGCGGAGCAGUUUCCUUCGCAUCUCUCGCCGCUUCGUCGUCUUUCCCCGGGGGCACUGCUCCGGGAGGCAAUCCUGUAGGUCUGGGAGGGAUGAAUCCUUUUUCUCCAGGUCAAGCGGCCUUCGGCUCUGGCGCAGGUUCGUCAAAUACGCUCUCCACCACGCAGCCGAACGCGUUCUCUGGACAGUCGUCUUCCGUUCUGGGCGCCUCUCUUACCGCAAGCACUUCCCCUUUCGGAGCUUCGUCUUCUUCUCUCUUCAGCUCUGCUUCUUCUUCUUUCGGAGCGUCCACCCUCUUCGGCUCUGCUUCUUCCUCUUCUUCGUCUUCUCCCUUCGGCUCUUCUACUCUCUUCGGGACUUCCUCUUCCUCUCCCUUCGGUGUCUCUUCUUCUUCCUCUACUUCUUCUCUAUUUGGUGCUCCUUCUCCUUCCUCUUCCUCUCCCUUCGGUGUCUCUUCUUCCUCCUCUACUUCUUCUCUAUUUGGAGCUCCUUCUUCUUCCUCUUCCUCUCCCUUCGGCGUCUCUUCUUCCUCCUCUACUUCUUCUCUAUUUGGAGCUCCUUCUUCUUCCUCUUCCUCUCCCUUCGGCGUCUCUUCUUCUUCUCUCUUCGGCUCUUCUUCUUCUCCCUUUGGAACCGCUGGGGGCACAGCGCCAGCCGCUGCUCUCGAGGGAGGUCAGGGCGCAAAGUCCGAAGGAACAAAAUUCAUCGAUGCGUGGAAGAACCUCGAGGCAGCAGCCAAGGGAGGUAUCUGGCCUUUCUCCAGCUUCGGCGUCGCGGAGGCCGAGUGCCUCUUUGUCGGCUUGGACAUCUCUCCGGAGGAACACCGUUACCUCUUCUAUCAGCGCCCUCAGUCCGAAUGGCGAGCUCUGGGGGAACAGAUUGUGGCGACUCAGCUGCAGCACCUCAGGCAGUUCCACGCUCUCGUGGGGGAGAAGGCCGCAGCAGACAGGCUCUCGUUCGAGGCGGCGCCUCCGUCUGUAGAGUUUCUUCAUCUUGCUCUCGGGGGUUCUCUUCCUCAAACCUCUUUCUCAGUUCCGCAGGAGACUCUCCAGACGCCCUCGCUGGGCGCUCUCGGCGCUCCUCCGGCUAUGAACAAAGCAGAAAUCAACCGAGAAGUUAGCAACCUGGAAAGUCUGGGAACGCCGGGAACCAGACGCGACGAAACAGACGCCAGAGGGGCCGCGUUUGCUGCGCCUCAAUUCGAACCCGGUAAAAUUCCGGACGUUCCUCCGCCGCGCGAACUUUGCUGAAAAUCUGUCGUUCAGCUCUGCGCGAAAAAGCAACGCAUUCCUGUAAAUUAGGUCAACGCAUGCACCAAGUCGACGGACUCUCUUCUGCUGUGACUUUGCCUGUCUAGCCUGCUCUCUGGUGGCGACCUUUCAGCGGUGGGAGAUACGUCGCGCAGCAACCUGUCCCCUCUGGUCGUCUUUCAGUUGGUGUCUCACGGGUCACUCUGCCGAGACUUUUUCGUCUCUUUCUCUGUACAGCUGUCUGUCUCUGAAUCCGUCCCCCUACGGGUCUCCAUGGCUUCGUAAUUCUCUUCUUUCUCCCUUUGGUUCUCUCUGAUACCGUUAUUCUUCUCCCUACCUGUUGCUUCCACUCUUUUUUUUCCGCUUCGCAUUGGAGUACCCUCUCUUCCCUUCCUCUCUUCGUUUCUCUCUGCAAAAUACAUACAGGGAAAUCGACGCAUACGCGUUCUGUGCAGUGUCUCGAACUCGAUGAGAGCCCAACACAAGCCUUCCCUUCCUCAGGCCUCUUGGAGGAUGUCUGCCUCCUCGUAUGCAAGAGAACAAGGGAACGCUCCGGCAGUGCGAUACGCUCGAGUGCAGUUCCGUUUCCUUUCCAUGCAGUGCUGCCUUUUUCGACCUGCGCAGCAAACUGAACUCGCGC